AUGGCUUCCUCUCCGCCGGUCCCCAUGGAGGAGCAACCACAAACUACGGAGGAGCGACCACCACCUGAGAAGAAACAGAAACAAGAAGACGAUUAUUUUAUGACAUAUUUUGACGAUGAGACCGAUGCGGAAGAAAGCAGCGAAUCGGAUGGUUGCGAAGGCGAGGAAUUUCGUGAGAUGACGGAUGCGGAGGAAAAAACCUUUUUAGCUGGAUUUGAUGUUCCUUCUUUUCCUGGGGUUUAUUACAACGACCUAAUUACGCCCAUGAAUAUGAGUAAAGAUAUAGAAAAGGCAGAACCGAUUCUCAUUCCUAAUGGUUAUCCGGUACACGUGGAUUGGAGGAAGAAAAGGAUACUGCACUUGAGAAAUCAAGGAAAAAUGCAAUCUUGUUGGGCCAUGACAACAGUUUCUCUAUUAGAAUCUGUUUGGUCCCUCAAAUUUAACAAGGCUCCGUCUCUUCUAUCACCACAAAUGUUAGUAGAUUGUAUUCAAGAAAAUUCAGACGAACUUGAAGGUAGACGAGACUGCUAUAAGUAUAGUGUUGUAAAAGCACUUGAAUGGUUGAAGAAAAAUGAGGUUUAUGGGGAAAUUGAUUAUCCCUACGUGAAAAGUUGGGGAAAAUGUCUUGCUAGCUCCAUUACCCCAACUGUGCGUGUGAAGAUCGAGAAUUACCGUACUAUAGUUGGUGAGGAUAGGAGCCAGAUUCUCAUGAAAGUUGCACGUCGACCCGUUGCUGUCCUGAUUGAAGCAUAUCAGGAAUUUAUAUAUCUAAAAGAUGAAAUCUAUGAAGGUCCAGAAAAGGAAACUGACGAGCCACCUCCUUUGCAUGCAAUCAUUAUUGUUGGUUAUGGUACAGAGGGACAGGGUGCGGAUGCAAAAAAUUAUUGGUUGGUUAUGAAUUCUUGGGGAUCUGAUUGGGGAGUAGAGGGAUUUGGACGGGUUUGCAGAGAUACUACGGUAGAUGAAAAGUUUUUGCUUACACGAAUCGCUUAUCCUAUAUUUGAUGAGGAGAAAAACCAGAAAUGA